AUGGGCCGCGGGCGGCGGCGGCGGCGGCCGAGGGGGCCGGGCGGGGAGCGAAGCCUGGAGACCUUCGCGGAGGCGCUGGGCGGGCCCUUGCAGGAGCAGCAGGAGGAGGAGCAGGAGGAGCAGGAGGAGGGCGGCGGCGUCGAGGCGGGGGCGGCGGCCGAGAGCCCGCGCCGCUGGUGCCCGCUGGCCAUGUGGGACCUGGGCCAAUGCGACCGGCGGCGCUGCACCGGGCGGCGGCUGGCGCGGAAGGGGCUGGUGCGGAGGCUGCGGCUGGGGCAGCGCUUCGGGGGCCUCGUGCUCAGCCCCGCCGCCGCGCGCUUCCUCUCGCCCGCUGACAGGGAAGUUGUGACCCAGAACGGAAUUGCAGUGAUUGACUGCUCUUGGGCAAAGCUGGACAAAACACCAUUCAGCAAGAUGAAGGGAAGUCAUCUCCGGCUGCUACCCUACUUGAUAGCUGCAAAUCCAGUGAAUUAUGGACGGCCAUGCAAACUUACUUGUGUGGAAGCUUUUGCUGCUACCCUCUGCAUUGUAGGACACUCUGAUCUAGCCACAAUUCUUUUGCAAAAAUUUAAAUGGGGAAAAGUGUUUCUUGAUCUGAACAAAGAUCUCCUGGAGAAAUAUGCAGCAUGUAGCUGUGAAGAGGAAGUGUUAAGGGUUGAGAAUGAAUUUCUGAACCAAGCCCAAGAAAAAGAUGAAACAGAUCCUUUUGAUGUUGAUUCAGGAAAAGAAUUUUUUAUACUCAACGGGCCUUGCAGUACCACACAAGCAACUGAGGGAGAUGAGAGCUCCUCUGAGGAGACCCCUGAGGACAGCGAUGGCAGCAGCAGCAGCAGUGAUGAGGACCUGAACACCGCCUGUUCUAGAGCCACUUUAAAAGCCAAUUGAAGAAUGGCCAGGAAAUCCAAACUACGCACAGAUAAAAAGCCCAAUGGUGUCCUGAACAUGGGUUGAAACCAGAACACUGGAUGCUUCUUUCCAAAUCCAGAAUGAUUGUUUUCAAAACCUGAAUGUUUUUGGCAUCCCCAUCAGAAAAUCAGGUCUGACUGAAAUGUCCUUUUAUCUAUGGUUGCCCAAAUAUUAGUCUUGCCUGGGAAGAUUACGUCAGUGGCAAAUGUUGUCUAGGUUCAGACUAGAUUUCUGCUCUUUUAAAGAAGGUGGAGGUGUGCCAAGCAUGCCUUCGUCCUGAUCCAGUGUUGCUCUGGUUUGCUGGAAGGGAUUCUUGGUAAAGGGCUUAGGAGGGGUGAACCACAUCAACUCUCCCAGAGCUUCACGUUCAGAUAAUUCAUCCUGGAAAAUCCCCCGACCAGCCCUGGAGGAGAACUGGCAUAUUCUGGAGUUCUCUGGAAAGUUCCUGUCAUGGAAUGAUAAGUCUUGCAGAUCCCUGAUAGCUUUUUGCUUUUUUCAGUGAACAGAUAUUAACCUAUAUUUUAACAGGCAUUAUGUAUAGUUUAAAACAAGUUAGAUUACAUAGCAAGUUCCAGGCCUAACCAUAAAACUUUUUUUGUAAACUCACAAAAGUGUGUCAGAGAAUGAAGUAAACUCAAUAC